AUGCCCACCACGCGGUCUGGAAAAUCUAGCGCCGGAGCGCAGGCGCAGCCAGCUGGGAAGAAGCGGAAAAUAGAGAUCGGCGACGAAAUCAGCCCAAAAGGGAAGAAUAAAAAAGUUGGAGAGCACAGGAAUACUGCUGAUUCGACCAAAAAGCGCCCACAAAAACAGACAGAUGCAAAGCAGGCAGACUCCAACACACAAGCACCACCUCGUGUCUUGGAAAAGGGAGUGCUGUACUACUUUAUCCGUGGCCGGGUUGGCAUCGAUGAACCCAAGUCCAUCGACGACAUCGCAAGAGGAUAUCUCAUCCUUCGGCCCAUCCCCGACGACGCAAAGCUCCACGGUGCACUCCCCACGUCAGCUACAGCCAGACUUAUCGCUUUGCCAAAAAAGGCGCUACCUGCAAGCCCAAAGGACAGAUUCAUGGCGUUUGUCGAAAAAUCACACGUGUCGUAUGACGAGCUUGGCGCCAAGUUUCUAAAGGGAGACGUUUACGAGACGAAGACGGCGGGACGUCGUCAAUCUCCUGAUGCAACGCCCGUAGGGGAAGGCGUGUAUGUUCUUACGACCACGGGGCGCGAGAGUCACCUUUCGUACAUGGCAACUCUGCCCCAUGAGCUGGGUGAGCUGCAACAUGCGCUGCGAUUCAACGACAAGGGGAGUUUCAUCAUCAGUAGCAAGAAUCCGACGUACAAGGGGCCGUCGUUUGCACAGUUACCAAAGGGACCAGAGUACCCUCCAUCGGUGCUUGACAAGUUCGGGGACUUGCGCUGGGUGGGAGCGCAGCCUGAGUUUAUGGAUUAUCCCCGCGCGCAAAUCUUGCUGAUUGGACACAAGACUGGACUUGGUAAGGAGGACAAGAAGGUUGAACAUGGAGAGGAUCCGGUUGAGACGUUGAGUCGGCUGGAAAAGGACGACCUUGACAGGAUGCAGCAUUUGUCGCCGGAUGAGUCGGAUGCGAUCUAUGCGGAUUUGCACAACAGGAAGAUGUCACAUCCGGAGAUUCAAAGCGACCUUGGCGGCUAG